CCGGCGGCGGCGCCGCCAUGAAGCUGGAGGUGUUCUCGCAGCACUACGAGGACAAGCUGAGCGCCGGCAGCGACCAGGAAGGCAGCGGCUCGCUCUCCCCGGCUCCGGCGGAGAGCGAGCUGGGCUCGGACGGUGACUGCGCGGCCAACAGCCCGGGCGGCGGGGCAGGGCUGCCGGGGCAUCCCCCGCCGCCGCCCCCCACGCCGCAGCCCCCGCCGCCGCCGCCCGCCGAGAGCGCCAAGGGGAAGCCCUACACGCGGCGCCCGAAACCUCCCUACUCCUACAUCGCGCUCAUCGCCAUGGCCAUCCGCGACUCGGCCGGCGGCCGCCUGACCCUGGCCGAGAUCAAUGACUACCUGAUGAGCCGCUUCCCCUUCUUCCGCGGCGCCUACACAGGCUGGCGCAACUCGGUGCGCCACAACCUCUCCCUCAACGACUGCUUCGUCAAGGUGCUGCGCGACCCGGCGCGGCCCUGGGGCAAGGACAACUACUGGAUGCUGAACCCCAGCAGCGAGUACACCUUCGCCGACGGCGUCUUCCGCCGCCGCCGCAAGCGCCUCAGCCGCGCCGCCCCGCCGCCGCAGCCCGCCCGCCCCGCCGCCGGGGUCCCGCCGCAAGUGCCGCAGGAGGCGGCCGGAGCGGGCGCCGCGUCCCCCGGCGCUUCCCCGCGGUGCUGCUGCGCCUCCUCGCCCUGUCACUGCGCGCCGGGAGCCAAGGAGGCGGCGGCGGGGGGCGGCGGGGCGAGGCCGGCGGGCGGCGGCGGCGCCAAGUUCUCCAGCUCCUUCGCCAUCGAGAGCCUCCUGCAGCGGCCGGCAGGACCCCGCGCCGCCCCGCAGCCGCCGCCGACCCCGCACGGCCGCCUCCUGUGGCCGGCGCCGCCCGCGCCCCCGCACCUGCUGCCCGGCCCGUACCCGCUGCUGCCCUACCCGCCUGCCGCGCAGCCCCCGCCCGCCGCCGCCCUCUACGGCGGGGGCCUCCUGCAGCUCUGCGCCUACGGGCUGGGAGAGCCCUCGCCGCCGCCGCCGCCGCUGCUGCUGGGGGGCGGGCGGCCCGCGCUGGCCCCGGGGGAGGCGGCGCCGCUGGCGGAGCGGCCGCGGGCGCCGCUGUUCCACGGCGGGAUCGCCAAGGGCGGGCGGGGGCCGCCGCCCGGCUCCCCGCUGUACGCGCCCCUCCGGCUGGCCGGGCCGCUGCCGCCGGCGGCGGGGGGCUCGGCCUCCUUCCAGCCGUACGCCGUGGAGACCCCGCUGGCUUAAUAGAGCCCCCCCUCCUCCCCUGCGAGGGACCUGCCCGGGGAGGCGUGGAGGGGGAAAGGAGGAGGCUCUGGAUCCCGCACUUUAAACUCCAGAGGCGACCGCAGCCUCCAAGCAAAAGCCUCGGUGACUGUGCCUUAGUGAAAUGACAGUGGGUUUAACUUAAGCCAAAAAAAAAAAAAAAAAAAAAAAGGAAAACAUAGAAAAAAA